GGCUCUGGCGGCGGAGAUGGCGUCCUGUCUACCGAUGCUCGGCCCUCUCUUGGCCCUGCUGUUUGUGCUCUGCGGGCUGCUGGUCCACGGCCAGAACCUGUCCUGGAGGGCGUUCAUGGAGCAGCACUACCUGAGCACAAGCUGGAAGUUCAGCGACUACAAAUGCAACGAUCUCAUGAGGGAAAGAGAAGCUCCAGAGGACAGGAACGGUCACAUCUUCAUCUAUACCUUGUGGCACAAAAUCGAGCAUAUUUGCCUCAGGAAGUGGAGAGAUCCUUACAGAAACGUAUAUAUAUGGGCCCAGCAUCCCUUCCUAAUACUCCGGUGCUACCGGGAGAAGAACAGAAAGGGCUACAGAGAGCACAGCAGCUACAGCUACCUGGAAUUCCACUGUGGCGGGAACGGGUAUGUUGAUGGCAUAGAGGACAUCCGGGUGGUACACAUCAAAAAAUAGGAAAAGAGCGAGUCCUCCCACACCCCCAGGGUGGAGGAGCAUGACCAGUGCUUCCCAAGUGGUGGCCCCUGCCUGCCUAUGUCAACAGCCCUCGCGCCCCGUUCCCUUACGUUGAUGUGCCAAUGUCUUCCAACUACUGAGUUGCACACCACGUGGCGUCUUCCGGUCGGAACUGCCUGCAUG